CACCUUAACACACGUCUGAUAACAACAACGAUCCUAACACAAGAAGGGAUCAGUGCCGCCACCGUGUCGUGACAGACUGGCCGUAUACUAAGAAUCACUAUUUAAAAAUGGCGAAUUUAUAAAAAAAACAAUUCGAAAUUUGAAUUUUCUAGUUUAAUUUCGGCCAGUGUUUCACAAUGUUUACGAAAACGGAAAACAUGGGUAUAGACAAUAACAGUUAUGUGAAAUCCGUCGAGGAUUUAGAGAUGAACGAGAAGAGUCAUGUCAGCAAAUCAACAGACAAGGUCAGCUAUGAGGAGGCUUUAGAUUUAACUGGUCACGGGCGAUACAACUAUGGGCUGCUGUUUGCCUGCUUUAUGGUCAUCAUAGCGAUGGGCAUCGACAUCUUCGGUCUGGGCAUCAUCGCCACCGCCGCCACAUGCGACCUCAAGAUGACCAUCAAGGAGAUCGGCGUGUUAUCCUCUAUGCCUUUCGCAGAAUUACAAACAUUAACAAAGUGUGGCAUCGCACAAGAGUGCCAAGGUCUCUUCUCAGCCGUGUCCGUGUGA